AUUGAGGUUAUGUGAGACUUUCUUUGACCAAGUGCUCCACUUUUAGAUUAAGUUUUUUGUACCUUACAUGUGAAAUAUUUUAGUAAAAUGAGCACUCGAGAGUUGGCCCGAAAACUGGGUGCUUUAGAAGUAAUUUAUUCAACCGCUAAGGCCACGACUCCCCAGCCUUUUGACUACCUCCUCGUCCUUGACUUUGAAGCCACUUGCUGGAGUAACGGCGACCCGAGAAAAAAUCCGGCCGAAAUAAUCGAAUUUCCGGUCGUUCUUUACGACGUAAAAAACGCUAAAAUAAUCGCAGAGUUCCAGCAAUACGUAAUGCCAGUCGAGAAUCCCAAAUUGAGCGACUUUUGUACCGAGCUCACAGGAAUACAGCAACACCAAGUUGAUAACGGGGUCCCCCUUCAAGCUUGUUUGCUUCUGUUUUCGCGUUGGGUUGCCGAAAAAAUGAGAUUAUAUGACAUGGAUUUCCCAAACGGCGAAAGUCAGGCGGCAAAAACGUGCGCUUUUGCCACUUGGUCGGACUGGGAUUUGGGGACCUGUCUCCGAAAGGAGUGCAUCCGGAAGAAUAUUAGAAUUGAGAAAAUGUACCGCAAAUGGAUUGAUAUUAGAGCACUGUUCAAGCGCUACAUCAGACGCCCGUUUAUUGGACUUUCUGGCGCUUUGGCCGAACUAGGACUGACUUUUGAAGGGACUGAACAUUGCGGAUUGCAUGAUGCCAGGAAUACGGCAAGACUUGUCGGGAAAAUGGUCGAUAAGGGGGUCGUACUCCAAUUAACACGACGCUAAUUUUUUAUUUUCAUUGUAUUAUUACAAAUAAAUAUAUUCUUGUUAUUA